AUGGGUGUACUGGAACCAGGAGACGUGACCAAACCUUGGACGCUCGUCGCUUCUGUCGUCGCCGUUUCGGUAGCAUACUUUGUGGGUAGCAUUGUCUACCGCCUUUACUUCCACCCACUUCAUCACAUCCCUGGUCCGUGGAUCAACGCCGUCUCUCGGGUUCCGUACAUACGACAUCUGCUUGCCGGCACCACAGUUGUCAACGUAAGCGAAUUACAUGCCAAAUAUGGCGAAGUCGUCAGAAUCUCGCCGAACGAGAUCUCGUUCACCUCCGGUGAUACAGCCUGGCAGGACAUCUACGGCUUCCGGACAGGGAAGCAUAAAGGCCACUUGAGUAUGUUGAAGGAUCCAGCGUGGUACGCUCAGCCGCCCGGCUCCGCCCACAUCAUCUGCUCAAGCAAUGAGGACCACUCGCGCUUUCGAAAGGUCCUCAGUCAUUCGUUCAGCGACAAAGCUUUGGCGAACCAAGAGACCCUGCUUCAAGGUUAUGUCGAUCUUCUGAUCAACCAGCUCAAAGACGUAACGUCCAAGGACAAAUCGCCACAAGAUCUCACUCAAUGGUACAAUUGGACGACGUUCGACGUCAUGGCCGAUCUCCUGUUCGGCGAACCAUUCGGGUCUUUGCAGGAGCUCGCGACCUCCAAGUACAUCCACAUGCUGUUUGAUUCCUUCACGGCUUUCAAGUAUUGGUACAUCAUGUACUAUUGGCCAUGGACGAAACGUCUCCGCAACUGGAUUCUUGAUCAACGUGUAAUCCAGAACCGUUUGACCUACUACAAGUUCGUCGCGAGUCAGACCCAGAAGAGGGCCCAAAGGGAGACUCAGCGGCCUGAUUUGAUGACCACCAUCCUGCAGCAUAACGGCGAGAAAGGAGCAGUGAUCAGUGCAACCGAGAUGAACAACAACAACAGCGUGAUGCUGACCGCUGGCUCGGAGACCACAGCGACUCUGCUGAGCGGAGUGACUUACCUUCUCCUGAAGAACCCCGAGGUACUGGCCAAACUGAUGAAGGACGUGCGAGGAAGAUGGAAAAAAUACGACGAUAUCACACUUGAGAGCGUCAACAACACGCCUUACCUCAUUGCAGUUCUCCAAGAAGGACUCCGCUACUUCCCGCCCGUACCUGCUGGAUUUGAGCGGCGUGUCGGGAAAGGCGGAGAGGUCGUCAGUGGUUACUUCAUUCCUGAGAACACGGCGUUGUCCGUUUCAUCGUACCCGACGGGACACUCUGAGCGGAACUUCAAGGACCCUGAAGCUUUUGUGCCAGAGCGAUGGAUGGGCGACCCACGCUAUGCCGAUGACAAGAAAUCAAGCAUCAAUCCGUUCUCAUUCGGACCAAGAAACUGUCUUGGGAAGAACCUCGCCUACGCUGAAAUGCGCUUGAUUCUGGCCAAGAUGAUCUGGAGUUUUGAUCUCGAACUCGACCCGAAGAGCGAUGACUGGAUGAAGAGGUGCAAGGUCAACACCUUGUGGGAGAAACCGGAGCUGGCUGUUCGUGUGAAGGAAGUGGUGCGUGAGUGA